CCCCUACUAUUCCGAUUCCGUUCGCUGUCUCACUCCUUCACUGCUCCAUUCUCUCCGUCGACAUCCUGUGCACGACAUGAUGGAUUAGAUCCUAGAUGAUGGAAAAGAAACUGUCGCAAGGGUUAAGAAGCAAUGGGCGCAUGAGGUUCCAUAAUGAGAAUUUGAAUCUGGAACCUAAAGAAUCUUUAGGGAUCCGGAUACAUACCAUCUGACAAACCAGUGAUGUUAGUGAAAUAUGUUCUGAUAUCAUCAACUGAGAGUUGUUUCAGUGAAUUACCAGAUUCUGCUUCUGGACCCCUGGUCUCAUCAUGAUUAGUGAAGAUUCAUCAUCUGCACCCUGAUCUCAUCAUGGUUAGUGGAGGUGCCUCAACUGCAAUGUCAUGAGUACAAAGGAUAUAUUCAUCUGCUUUUAUGCUACAAUUUGGACUGACUUUUCUUUGGUUCUCCAUGGAACUCUAGGGCUUUCAUCCUUUACCAGUUCCUCCAAUUCACAUGGCAGUUAGUAUGAGCCAAUAUAAAUCUCAUGUUUCUGCCACUGCAGCUUCUCGAUCCUGUGUCCUUUCAUGUCAGAGCCCAUUCAUCCUCUAUUCCAGACCACUUUUGUGGAGGUGAAAGACAAAACCAUAUGGUUGGUUCCACGAUUUCUAAUAACUGUCUCCAUUCAGGUCCACCAGACCUAUAUAUCUGGUCCAGGGCUAAAAAGAUGGUGAAGCCAAGUCGCAGAUAGGACUGUUAAGACCAUGCUUCCCUAGUGGUAUUAAUUGCCUAUGGACUUGAACGGUGAAGUGAUUAGAGUGAAAUUAUUGCAGAAGCUGUUUACUAGGACAUAUGUGUGCUUCUAUAUUUUGGUUUUUGGUAAUUGGUAAUGCUCUACUACAUCAUUACUUGAAAGCUUGUUAGCAUGGAAACAUAACUGAUGGAGAGGUGCUCAUAUGGAUUAUAAGAUAUCUAGCAUCAUAUCAAAUUUUAUAGUUGUAAAUUUUUCCAUGAAUAUAUGCUAAAGUUUUAAAACAAAUAAAAGAUUGACACAAUAAAAAAUUAAAGUAUAAAAUGCAUUGAACAAAGUGAAAGUUAUGAUUGCUAGUUGUAGAUUUGAUCUACCAAAGUUAUUGGGUCGUCAGUGGCACAAUGAAUAACUGACGUGUCGCCAAGGAGCCUACAAAGCUCAACGAUAAUUUUUUUUAUCAUUUUUUAUUUAUUUAUAAUUUAUAAAUAUUGUUCUGUUGCAAGAUUCAUAUUUCUCAUGUUUGUUUCAUAACUGUAUAAAUAAAGAAGUGAUACAUAACAUUCUAUCAUUUUCAUAAUGGCAUAAUUUACUUUUUUCUUAGUUUUUUAUUUAUUUAUUUUUUUAUUUUAUUUCCUUCGGUUGUAGCAUAAUGAUGUGAUUCGAGGAGUGCAACAGAUGAUUUAUACUACCUCAUCUCGAGGUACUUUGUGCAUCGUAUGUUUCGAGGACUUUGAACAAGGAGAAAUAAGAAUGUUACCAUGUGGUCACCUCUAUCACAUGGAUUGCUUCUGUAAGUGGUGGGACAUCGUCGAAGCCUAAAACUACCUUACUUGUAGGUUCUACACGUAAAAUAUAUGAAAGUUAAUUAGAUGUUUCGGUUAAAAGAAUUAGAUAUAGAGACCGCAUAUAAUCUCUUAUAGUUAAAAGAAUUACAUGCAAUCUCUAUAUCUAAUUCUUUUAGCCCAAAAUAUCUAAUUAACUUUCACAUAUAUUACAUGUAGAACCUACAAGUAGGGCAGCUUCGGGCUGAUAGUCCGUGUAGUAGAGGUGACCGCAUGGUAACAUUCUUCUUCUCCUUGUUCGAAGUUCUCGAGACAUAUUAUGCACAAAUGUACUGCGACGAGGUGGUAUAAAUCAUCUUCAACACUCUUUUGAAUCACAUUAUUAUGCUACAACAUUGCACGAAGGAAAUAAAAUAAAAAAAUAAACAAAUGAAAAAAGUAGAUCAUGCCAAUGUAAAAAUGAUAAAAUGUUAUGUAUCCCUCCUUUAUUUAUACAGUUAAGAAUCAAACAUGAGAAGUGUGAACCUUGCAACGGAACAAUAUUCGUAAAUUAUAAAUGAACAAAAAAUGAUAAAGAAAAUUGUCCCCGAGCUUUAUAGGCUCCUCGGCAACGCGUCAGUUAUUCAUAGUGCCACUGACUGUUCAGUAGCUUUAGCAGACCAAGUCUGCAGCUAGCAGUCAGAACUUUUACUCUGUUAUAUGUAUUUUGGACUUUAAUUUUUUUAUUGUAUUAAUCUUGUAUUUGUUUUAAAACUUUAGCAUAUAUUCAUAAAAAAAUUUUACAACUGUAAAAUUUGAUAUACUAGAUAUUGUAAAUUCUGAUGCAACUGUGCAGUUAUGUUAGCACGGAAACACAACUGUUAAUACAUUAGUGGUGUGGAUUGUAAAAUUUACAAUAUCAUGCACGGAUUACCUUCCUGUGAAUCCUUCUGCAAUGGAGGGUACUUUACAGCCUGUUCUUGGUCCUGACGGGAAAAUGAAGGAGCCUGAGAGUAAUGUGCUUCGUGCAUCCAUAGAGAAUAUGCAAUAUGCUGUCACAGUUGAUGUUCUUCAUAGGGUGAGACGUUUUUCCCAUCCUUCUGUUUAUAUCUGAUCCAGGGCUAAAAAGAUGGUGAAGCCAAGUCUCACAGGUGAUAAUGCUCUACAACAUCAUUACUUGAAAGUUUGUUAGCAUGGAAGCAUAACUGAUGGAGAGGUGCUGACGUGAAUUAGUAUUCUACCCAAAAGAACAGGCUUCUCCAUCAACUGUGGCCUACGUUUUGCCAACUUCUGCAUGGAAGCCUUGUACAUUUACUGUUCGCCAUUGGUUUGUGCAGCCUAAACAGAUGUACAUUUGGCUUCGUUUGCUCGAGCUCCAAAAUCCUUCCACAAAUUUGUGUCUUCUUCCUAUAAUUCUACAGUCAAUGCUCCAUCAUGGACUUAUUAAGCUUUUUAGGCUCCAGAAUGCAAAACUUGGUGCUCCAGGUUACUGAAGCAACUGAGGAGGAAGAAGCAGGGAUUUGGAAUCAAGAGUCAAGUUAUUGUCACGCAGGCUGUUGCUUGGGCCAUGGUUUAAAAUGUCACCAGUUCUUGGCUAAGCUGCACUGAUGGGAAUAUUGUUAACUACUAACAAGCAAGUACAAUGUUUGCAAGGUUGCUUUACAUUUGAUAAGCAACACACAUGGAUUGACAACUUACAAGUGACUGCUAGGGUUUUGGAAGGAAAAGGAUGCAUUCGAGUUUCUUGGUGGGUACUUGGGACUUGAAUUCUCAACCUUCUUUCUCUUAACAAAGUACACAAUAUAACAAAGGAAAAGGGGCAGGAGAAAGAAAUGGUGCCUCCUUUUAUUUUCUGGACAUGAUUGGAGCUCCUGAUCAUCCAUAUACAACAGAUGUCAUUUAUGGAGCUUGCACCAAGGGAAAGAACAUGAAAGAUGAAUGGAAGUGGACCUGAUCGAUACUUAUCUUCCACAGGGUACCUUCCAUUAUUUGUUCUGGCAGAAAGAUGCAUCUCGUUGUUGCUGCUGCUGUGGAUAGACAGGUCAGCUUUACGAGAGAACCACAUGGGACGGUAAAGUUCUUGGGAUGAAUAUUUGGCGUGCAAAUAUAUUGUCCCAGUUGAGGUUUUCUGAAACAGGAGACAGGCCGUGCCAUUGACAAGAAAUGUGGGCGUAUGCCUCUGCAGAGCUCCUACUACCAGACACCUACCCCUUCCAAGGAAGACACAGACAAGCAUCGAUAUAGCUGGAUUCAGGCCUUCAACUCGAGCGUGCGGUAGUAGGACAUCCACACGUGCGCCACGGAGUCUGCAAGCUCGUUGAAGAGGAGGUAACUGCUAAAACUGUUGGGACAGUGGAGAAGCCAAUGUGACCAUCUCCUAUAUAUAACACUCGUGCUGUGCUGAGUCUUAUAUGCUGUUCAUGAGCUCUCUCUCCAUGAAUCCUUCUUCUGCGGUGGAUAGCCGUUCACCACAUGAAGUGGGUGACAGCCACGCUGAUGCCACUGCAGAAGGCAACGCAUCGGGAGAGACCGCAAAUGAGGGCGGUGGUCAGUCGAGCUUUUGUGCUAGGAGUCACUGGAGACCCGAAGAGGACUGCAAGCUGAGAGAACUGGUAGCCCUCCAUGGCCCCCAGAACUGGAAGCUCAUAGCUGCCAAGUUACAUGGUAGAUCAGGGAAGAGCUGUCGGCUGAGGUGGUUCAACCAGUUGGACCCCAGGAUCAACAGGAGGGCCUUCAGCGAGGAGGAGGAGGAGAAGCUGAUGGCUGCUCACAGACUGUACGGGAACAAAUGGGCUAUGAUUGCCAGGUUCUUCCCUGGUAGAACUGACAACGCCGUGAAGAACCAUUGGCAUGUGCUCAUGGCCAGAAAGUACAGGGAGCAAUCAAGUGCUUGCAGGAAGAGGAGGCUCAAAAGAUUGGAGGAAGCCACACUGAACACCAGUGGGGAGGAAGGGUCUUACGAUUUCCUUUUAGGAAGCAAUGUCCCUAGUAACACGGGGUUCUGUAGCAACAACAGUGUGUUCUGGGGUGGACCAGCAGAUGACUCCUCGAGGUUUCACUCCUCGACCGUCUUGAUGACGGCAACAUGCUACCACUCUGACAUAUCAAGAGUUUCCUCUACUGAAUCACCACCAUUCACCGAGAGCACCAGUGUCUCACCACCUUUCAUAGAUUUCCUUGGAGUGGGAGCCACUUGCCAUGAUCCAUAAGACUGAUGGUCGAUGGAGAUGCAGCGUAUGCAAAGAGAUCAAUCGACCAUUCGGAUUGCAGGAAAGAAAAGCAAUCGUUCUUCUGAUCACAUGAAGAGAGAGAGAGAGAGAGAGAGAGAGAGAGAGAUUCUUAAAAUGAAAAGCUGAGCUUUUCCUGGAAGUACUUUUCUGCACUUCUAUGCAAGCACAGUCGCUAUUGAGUUCUUCCAUGCAACCCAGAACAGAAGGGCCACAACCAAUGCAUAUGGAAAUGGCACAUUUCUUCUUCCUGAUGGCAA